AUGCAGGCACUCACAUCACACGCCGUAAACACGUCUUGGCGUGAGAAGUGUGCCAAGGCAAAGACUGAAACCUUGCACAAGCGUGUACAAGAAGCUGAAGCAGAAUGCUGUCGGCAGACUGCCAAAGCUGAUGCUAGUGUUAUGCGCAUCAGCACUCUCGAAAAACCUGCUCGUGUCCCAGGACAAAAGGUUCGUGCAGUCGAGAAUGCAGUCAACAAACUUGUUGUUUCAUGCACCAUAUCUGAGCCAACCUUGAAGUUGAAGGAAGGUGGUGUUAUCACAGAUGCUGCUCGAGAUAUGGUCCGUGACCUUGUAGCUAUCCACAAUCUUCCUGUAUUGAGUGUCAAUGGAGCAAUAGCCACAAUGUCCUCUGUCAUAGGAGUUGAUCUGGAGGGCACAAUUAGAAUAACCUUGAGCAGUGACAGAACAACCCAUAAAAAUAUUAAUUAUCAGUCUCACCACCUCAUGUACUCCUCUCCUGAUGGGGAAGUGAACCAUACAAGCGAAACACAGUUGCAGGGUUGGAAGGACACAGCCGAUGAAAUGUAUGCAGCUUAUAAUGAGUGUAUGGACCACUCUCAAGAUCCCCAAGAGUUCGCAGUGAAAUCCAAAGGCAUGCUCACAGAUCAUGCUGAGGAUCAGAAAAAGCUGGUGUGGCUGUUCAUGGAAUGGAAGCGGAUGUGUGAGAGAGAAGUUCGUGGCAAGAGGGCACUGGUCUCCCUACCUACGGAUGACAUCACUUGUAUCAUUGAUCGCAUGAUGGAAUGCAUCAUUGCUGCUGCCGGAGGGGUCAAUGGGUGGGAUGCACUGUCACUUGAUGAGCAGCACAGACACACAAAGGCAGCUCACCAGCAGCUGCAUGUUCAUGUCGGGGAGCAACACUUUGCAGCUCUGACAGAUGCCGAAAAGGAAGCAGUUGACUUUUUCGUCUGGGCCGGCUGCUGUAUGCACAAGGAGUUAAAUGCUGUCAAAGGGGGUAAUGCGCGCAUGACAGCAUGGUGGGUUAAAAAUGGGAUUGAGGGGCCAAUUCUGCUGAUGAAUAAAGAUAAUGCAGCCACAGCUGCAUCAGGGGGGAACACUGCUGCAGUGUCACACGCGGUUCAAGUGUCAGGUCGUGGGGCUGUGAAGGCACUCAACCUCACUGGAGGUGUAUUCCGACACAAAGAUGACAAGAAAGGUCAGCAGGAUGCCUUCCGAUACUACAUGGAAGAUCAACUCGGCUAUUUCUCUACCUGGCCUGACACGAGCAACACACAUUAUCAAAGUAACUGUGAUGAGAUGACUGCAUUCAGUACAUGGGGUAAUUGUAUUGGCCAUCCUUCACUGCGCGAAUUUUCAAACAUCCUAGACCUCCGUCCCCUGCACGACAAUCUCAUUAUCCACGUGAAGAAGUUGAUUGUCAACAUAGAUUUGACAGCAACCCUUGACAGAAAGCCAUUCGAACGACCAGAGGCCUUUUAUGUCGUCCACAGAAUGGCCCAAGACACAAAGACCUAUCCUCACCUUUGA